AUGAAAAACAGAUUUCCGAUUUUAGAAAUUAAAAAAAUAAGACGGUCUCAAAAUGCCCACACCGCAAACACUUCGAACCCUUUUGAAAAAAUUACGAAUUGCGAUCGUGCAAACGCCUCAGAUCGAAGUUUCGAUAAAAAUAAUUACGACGACGACGACGUUUGCGACGAAGAAGUCGACACCGGAGACAACGAUUAUAAUCAUAAAUAUUGUUGUUACGUCAUAAAAGGUCGAAGUGUAAAUAAUUUCAGCGAAGGAUGCGAUGAGGAUUUCGACGAAGAGUUUGACGUGUGA